CCUCACUGCGGGAUUAAAUAUAAAAUAGUAAAUACAGUGAUUAUUAAUUAUUAAUUACAUACUCAAAGAAAGUCCGACGCAAUGAAGCUCCGAGAUGUAAAAAUAGAGGGAUGCAAUUUGAAUCAACAUCCAUCCAUCGGACAUUGAUCGUUUUCAGGGAACGACGAGGUCGGGGAACCCGGGACGCUUUUGCUGGAUUUGGCCAUGAAACGGACGGACUUUGUCGGAGUCGUCGGGGCUGGACAAGAGUAAGGAACUAAUUGACCCGGAGCCAUUAAGAUGAACUCGUCGUACAUGCUCGGAGAGGACGAGCAAUGGGGCCCGAGAUACUAUUUCACGUAUUACAGCCAAUUCGGGGACCGAAAGGGGAGCACCGGGAUAGAGGUGGUCGUCCUGGCCGUGACAUUCGUCGUGGCGGUGGGUGCCAAUCUAGGAAUCGCCGGCUGCGUCUUGAGAUACAAGGAAAUGAGGACACCCACCAAUCUGUGCCUGGUGAACCUCGCAGCAGCCGAUCUGCUGUUCGCCCUAGGUGUCCCAGCAGUCGCCUACACCAGGUUGACGCAGACCUGGAGACUCGAGGAGACGGUCUGCAGGUUGCUGCCUUACUCCCAGUUCGUCUGCGGCUUCGUGCUUCUGUGGACUUUGACUCUGAUCUCGAUGGACCGCCAUCGAUGUCUGGCAGUGGCUCCUUAUCGCAGCGCAUUGACAGUGGCCAGAGUCGUGACCGCGAGCUUUAUCACCUGGAUAAUCGCAGCGUCCCUCUUUCUGCCUGCAGCCUUUUGGUUUCAGCCACGAGAAGUAACGGGUGGUACCAUCUGCACCCUGGUUUUCCCUCGGAGCGACGUGGUGAACGUCUCCCUCUGCUUCACGAUCCCGGUGAUAAUCAUCGCCUGUCUCUUGCCGAUGACCCUGGUGGUUUACCACUAUCAAAGGAUCUUCCAGAGGAUCUUGGAUACCAGGAACAGAUGGGCCGUGCCAUGCGUUGCUCAGAGUUCCGACUGCGGGGCGAACGGUCGAAGGGAUUCGGAGUUGUCGGUGGUCGGAACCCUGGUACCUUGGGCAGGAAGGAAGAUGUCCACGUCUUCUAUGGGUACUAAGCAAGGUCGGGCGGGAAGUCUGUCCCAUCAUGAAGAGAUUCGACUUCACAAGCACCUCCGGGUGGUCCGUAUUUUGCUGUUGAACGUGGUCGCUGUCCUGGUGAUGUGGCUGCCCAUCACCAUCGUUAUGUUCCUCAUCUACGUGGACGGUCGCAGACCAAACGAGGACACCAAUUUUUUCCUGCGAUCCCAUCAUUUUGUCUGGGCUCUAGUAAUCGCUCAGCUGAACACCGUGGUUAAUCCCCUGCUCUAUGGGGUCUUCUCGGAGAACUUCAGAGCCUGCAUCGUCAAACUUUGGAGGCGAGGUCUCAGGAAUGGACACGGAGAGCAAGCGAGUGGAGGUACCGGGUCUCGGAAAGGUGGACGCUCCUUGGAAGCCUUGCAGGAUCGUUUGGGAGGAUCUAGAAUUCCUGGUGCCCUUAGAACUCCCGUCAGACAGCCGAAGAAGAGCUCCAGCUGCAGCAUCGGCAGCAUCAUCGAGGUGCCCAGCUCGGAAAAGCUCGGAAACUUCUCACUCGUCGAUGGGAUUCGAACGAACCAGGGUCUUCCCUGCAGCUCCGCGACUUGAGAUCGUGGCUUCGUAUCGUUAUAUCAAACAUAUUUCUGAGGCUUCUGAUUUUAGGACUCGAGCUCUCUGG